GCGAAAAGCUCACAAACACGACCGCUCUCUCAGUGAAUCGAGAAGACGGCUUGGCGUGCAGAAAAACAAUACGGUGUGUGUGUUUCGCGAGUUGUGCGUAAAGAAGCUGUACCUAAGGAGCGCUUUGGCGAAAAAGAGCGUUUCAUGCCUGAGGGCCCACUCGACAGAACCUUGCGGGUCAGUUGACGGUUUUUCUCGGUAUUUGGAGACAGUAACAUGAGUGAAAAAUGACUUCCACCACGACAAUUCGCAAAUCUUACGGCAACAGGAAACUGUACUCCCUGUAUCCGGAUGAUUAUCCCCUUAAGAACUCAAAGUUGAAGAUCAGCCCAACCAGUCAGAAUAGCCCGAAGAAAAGCGAGGAUAUCAAUAAGCUCAUCAAAUAUAUCGAGGACAAUGUCGUUGGAAAAUCUAGUGCCUUUUUGGGACCUUUUGGACGACGAAAAGUUGUGUAUUGUGACUAUGCUGCUGCUGGUAGAUCGCUCCAAUUCAUAGAAGAAUACAUCCUGAGGGAAGUUCUUCCCUGCUAUGGCAACACACAUUCUACAACCAGCAUAACCUCAUUACAGUCAACCUCUUUCAGGCAAGAAGCCAGAGAACUUAUAAAGAAUGCCGUGAACGCAAACGAUGAGGACGCUGUAAUAUUCACGGGACAUGGCUGUUCUGACGCCAUAAAGAAGAUAAUAGGCGCUUUGGACCUCAGGGAACAACCUGUAGUCUUCACCGGUCCCAGUGAACAUCAAGAUAACAUACUUUUAUGGCAGGAAGCAGGUGCCGAAAUGAUAAGGAUAAGAGAAACGAAGGAAGGUUUCCUGGACCUGCAGUACUUAGAGAACCAGCUCAAAUUCCACCAGAACUUCAACAGACUGAUGAUCGGCUGUUUUUCUGUAGCAUCGAACGUAACGGGUAUCAUCACAGAUGACGUUGCCUGUACAAUCCUGUUGCACCAAUACGGAGCUUUGGCAUUUUGGGACUACAACAAUGCAGCGCCUUCCAUCAGUGUGGACAUGAACCCGGUGGUACCCGGCGUAGAAGAGGGUACCAACGCAAACAAAGAUGCCAUAUACUUCUCCGGUCAUAAGUUUAUCGGUGGAAUCCAAACUCCAGGUAUACUUAUUGCGAAGAAAAGUCUCUUCCGUAGAAUGAACAGAUGCGAAGGAGAUGGUUUCUUCGUAAACGAACAAAAUAAGACUUUAGAAUUGCAAGAAGAGGGAAGCUGUGCUGCCAUGGUGGAAUCCAUAAGGGCCGGACUUGUGAUACAACUCAAGGAAGCUGUCACCUCUACAGUUAUCAUGCAACGUCAAGAAAAAAUCAACAAACAAAUGUUGCAACACAUUCGCACAAUACCUGAACUAAUAUUACUAGGAAACAAUUCUUCGAAUCUAAAAAGACUGCCACUGUUCUCCUUCAUGGUCAGACAUCCUAGAGGAUUGUACUUACAUCAUAACUUCGUCUGCGCCGUCCUAAAUGAUAUCUUCGGCAUCCAAGCUAGAGCUGGCUGCCCUUGUUCUGGACCUUAUGCCCAAGAGCUUCUAGGAAUCGACCACAGCCUGGCAGACCAAUACGAAAACAUUAUUUUGGAAGACAGACGUCUCAGCAGCUUGAACCUAGGCACCGAUAACUCGACAUUAGAACUCCUGAGGCCUGGUUUCACAAGAAUCAGCCUUCCUUAUUUCAUCAACGACAACGAGUUGGCUUACAUCAUGGAAGCGGUAAAGAUGGUUGCUACGGAGGGCUGGAAGCUGCUACCCCAGUACAUGGUUGACCUGGAGACCGGAGAAUGGCGUCAUUACACCAACGCCAUCACCAAAGACAGGAAGUGGCUAUCCUCAAUCCGUUACGUGGACGGUAAGAUGACCAUGAACGAGAGAAGGAUAUCUGGUCCUGGUCUGUUCCCCCAGAACUACUCGGAAUGUCUUCAGACUGCCAGAAACCUCUUCAACAGGGCUAGGAAGUCGGCUAACAGGAAAUCUUUGAUAGAACAGGAGAUAAAUUUCGAUUCGAGGUGCGAGAAGAUCAGAUGGUUCAUGCUGCAGCAAGAGGCCCAAGACCUGCUGACUAGCAACGCUCAGAACGUCAAGCAAAACGUCCCGUUCGACCCGUCGGCAAACUUCAAACAGUCGCCGGGAAGGGAGGAUCAAUCGCAAUGCUCCAAAGUUCCCACUGCCAGCAACGGUUCUCCGCGCCACUACAGCUUCCCCUCCAUCGAAGACCCCAACCUCCUCACCUGUUCGUCUCCAGUGCCAUAUUUCUUACGCGACGUCAACGGGGGUCUAUACUACCCCCAAAUCACACAAGCGCCUAUGAACUUCGCCAUAGGUGAAGCUGUGAACUCGGCCAACUUGAAUCAGCUCCACCAGAACUUCGUCCGGGAGAGGUGUUUGAGUUUAGGGGCUCCGAACAUGUCUUCUCCGGUGUUGAGCCCCUCUACUAGGGUUAGUCUAGGUAUGGGACACUUCAGGACGAGAAACAUGAGUUGUGGGAGUCAGAACGAUAACUCUUUAGAAUCCGACGCUAACAUUUCACCCACCCAUAGCUUAACAGUCUUGUCCAAUGGAGGUUACGACGUGCACUCGCUAGGAAGGGCUUCGCCAGCUCCCGAUCUUCAGACCUACGUCACGGAGAUGACCAAAGAGCUGGCCACAAACAUAAAAUCCGAAAUUCGGGAGGUUAUAAAUAAGGUGGAAGACGUGUUGGAGAACACGGACAGUCUGACAUCUUACAACAAUGAGAGACAUGGCAGUGGCAGCGAAGAUGGAAGGAGCGACUCUAUAUCGGCCAUAGAGGUGGCGGAAUACCUGGAGAAGGUGUCCAUAGAGAUGGCCAACGAGGUUAAGUCGGAGAUAAGGGACGUAGUCAGUGCAGUUGAUGUGUUUAUAGCUCCGGACAGUCAGCAUUCGUAUUCCAGGGCUUCCAGUUACGGUGACGACUGUUCCGGAAACAAACAUCAGUUCUACACGCCCGGUUCCAGUAGUGACACAGUGAUCCAAGUGAUGAGCAAGUCGUGUUCGAGUCAGACUACUGCCGAGGACGUCCAGGAUGCUGACAAAUACAAGAUGAAGGUCCUUCCCAACUCCGUUACUAGCGUCAGUUCUCAAGACAGCGGCAUCAACCUGUCCUUCCAAGAGGCGGAUCCAACAAACCACGCCUACACCAAGGAGAGAAGCAGCUCCGAAUCCCUGGGACACAGAAAGACCGACAAGUGCGAGAUCAAGUUCUCCACCCUCCAAAAACAGAGACCCUUCAGGGAGAGUCAGGAGGACCCUGAUUGUGGCAAGCCAAACAACGGCCUGAAGUGCCACUCCAAGAACAUCUGGGAACCGUCCCUGGAGGCGUUGCAGGAGUUCAAGAUGAUCAAGGAUGGCGAUAAGGUGAUGGUGUGUCUGUCCGGAGGCAAGGACUCUUUGAGUCUGCUGCAUAUCUUGCUGCAGUACCAAAAUUACUGCACCAGCAAGGGACUUUUGUUCAGCCUGGGGGCUGUCACUGUGGAUCCCAUAAACUCCGGCUGCGAUCCUUGUCUCCUUAUGUCCCACUUGAGGAAGCUGGGGGUCCAUUACAUCAUAGACGACAAGAAGAGCGACUUGGAUGACAUAUCAGAAUCGAUGGAGGAAGCUAAAGAGAGCGUUUGUACCUUUUCUUCGUCUUCGGUUAGACAUAGGCUGUAUGCGUCUGCCAGAAGUUCUGGUUAUAACGUCCUCGCCAUUGGUCAACACCUGGACGAUCUCUGUGAGAGUUUCCUCCUAUCUGUUUUCCAUACUGGCAAGCUGCAAACCAUGAAGAGUCAUUAUUAUAUCAAGGAACACGAUCUCAGAAUCAUCAGGCCCUUCGUGUACGUUCGGGAAAAGGCAAUCAGGCAAUUCUCCAACGACCAUAACCUGCCCGUGAUGAUGAGUCCAUCCACUCUAGAAAUAACCAAAGAGAAACAGCGCAUCCGCCAACUUCUAGCUCAGCAGGAGAUCAUGUACCCGAAGCUGUUCAACUGUUUCAGAUCCGCUCUGCACCCCCUUCUUAUCCGUUCGGUGCAGGAGGAGAACAAGAAGAAAAAAGAGGAGGACAGCGAUAGUGUCGACUACGAGACGGAGGAGGAGCCUGUUUCAAACUGAAUUCAAUUAAAAAAAAAAAGGAAAUGUUUAGAGUCUGAAGAAGUGAUAUGUGAAAGGUGAAGAUGAAUCCUUUUCGCGGUUUUAUUUAUUUUAAGCUUGGGUCCCAGGGUCAGUGAAGAGAAGAAAAAGCAAAAGAAAAUAUCAAAUUAGUGUUACAAAGUAGAUUUUUUCUAACAAAUUCUGGAGUUGCAAAAAUGAACAUUCCUCUAACUAGGGCUAAAUUUCUGCGAUCUGCACCCUGGACGUAUGUUACAUAAAAAUAGACAUUUCAAAUUCUCCAUGAAAAAACAAUUAAACUAACCCAAAAAACUUAUAGAUAUAUGAAUUUCUUUCUUAAAGUGUCAUACAAAGAAAUAACAGCAUAAGAAAUAAAAACAAUGUUCUUUUGGUUUAAUAAGCAGGUAAAAUAGGUUAAUGGAAUGAAUAAAAAUGGCAACAGUUCUAACAUUAAUCGCCAUUUAUCAAAUUACAGAAAAAUACAAAUAAUCACUACAUAACAAAAAAAUAAUAAAACUUCACAACUUUUGUUAUACGUUGUGUUGUUUCUUAUAUUGCGUAUCUCUUUAUAUGAAUUCGGCUUAACAGAUGGGCAUAACCUUCAAUAUUCAAACGUUGUUUUAUUUUAUAACUUUGAAAAUGUGUAUAUAAGCUUCCUACUUACUAUUGAAAAUUGUUUGUCAUUGUCUCAUUUAAUUUUAUUGUUUGAGAAAUACUGAGCGUAUUUCGAUAUUUUUUCCAUUAAAUGGAAACUUUUUUCUCGACUGAGUUAGGUUUUUAAAAUUUUUAUUAUCGCAUAUAGCAAAAAAUCGUAUUUAUAGUUAUAUCGACAGUUUAAGUUUUAAUUUGUGAUAUUGACUUGAUUUUUGAGCAAUUUGAAAUUAUUGUUAAUUUUAAUUAAAAGAAAGAUUUGGUCCUUUGUAAUCUCGAAACUAAGGAUGGUAUAUAAUAUUGUUGAAGGUGAGAUAAGAUAUAUUUAAUAAUGUUAUGGAUAAAAUGUAUUUUUUUCUUAUUACAUAAUAAAAUUGUAAAAUCGA